AUGGGAAUGUGUGGUAUUGAGCAGGAAAAUACCAGCGAGUUUCAAAGAGAUAUGAAAAGGUAUAUGCGGUCAUCUUGGGCACUAUUUUCAUUUCAAAAAUUUAUGACAACUAUUUCGCGUAUCCAGGCUAUCAACUUUAUUGAUUAUGACUCCUCUUUCAGAGAGGAAAGAGGAGAGAGGAAAGAGGAAAAAGGAAAGGGCAAAAGUGUUCAAGUCUCAUGCAAUCUUAACAAUGCAGCUUGUAAAUUGGAACUGAAAAAUAUCAUAUCAAGGACAGUGAAACUCAGUUGUGAAGUCCUAGAAAUUUACAGGUACAGAAGGGCACAAGCAUAUAUUGAUCUGGUAGAGAAAGAUAUAAAGCAAGAAUGCAGAGGAUGGGAAUGUGUGGUAUUGAGCAGGAAGAUGGGAAUGUGUGGUAUUGAGCAGGAAAAUACCAGCGAGUUUCAAAGAGAUAUGAAAAGGUAUAUGCGGUCAUCUUGGGCACUAUUUUCAUUUCAAAAAUUUAUGACAACUAUUUCGCGUAUCCAGGCUAUCAACUUUAUUGAUUAUGACUCCUCUUUCAGAGAGGAAAGAGGAGAGAGGAAAGAGGAAAAAGGAAAGGGCAAAAGUGUUCAAGUCUCAUGCAAUCUUAACAAUGCAGCUUGUAAAUUGGAACUGAAAAAUAUCAUAUCAAGGACAGUGAAACUCAGUUGUGAAGUCCUAGAAAUUUACAGGUACAGAAGGGCACAAGCAUAUAUUGAUCUGGUAGAGAAAGAUAUAAAGCAAGAAUGCAGAGGAUGGGAAUGUGUGGUAUUGAGCAGGAAGAUGGGAAUGUGUGGUAUUGAGCAGGAAAAUACCAGCGAGUUUCAAAGAGAUAUGAAAAGGUAUAUGCGGUCAUCUUGGGCACUAUUUUCAUUUCAAAAAUUUAUGACAACUAUUUCGCGUAUCCAGGCUAUCAACUUUAUUGAUUAUGACUCCUCUUUCAGAGAGGAAAGAGGAGAGAGGAAAGAGGAAAAAGGAAAGGGCAAAAGUGUUCAAGUCUCAUGCAAUCUUAACAAUGCAGCUUGUAAAUUGGAACUGAAAAAUAUCAUAUCAAGGACAGUGAAACUCAGUUGUGAAGUCCUAGAAAUUUACAGGUACAGAAGGGCACAAGCAUAUAUUGAUCUGGUAGAGAAAGAUAUAAAGCAAGAAUGCAGAGGAUGGGAAUGUGUGGUAUUGAGCAGGAAGAUGGGAAUGUGUGGUAUUGAGCAGGAAAAUACCAGCGAGUUUCAAAGAGAUAUGAAAAGGUAUAUGCGGUCAUCUUGGGCACUAUUUUCAUUUCAAAAAUUUAUGACAACUAUUUCGCGUAUCCAGGCUAUCAACUUUAUUGAUUAUGACUCCUCUUUCAGAGAGGAAAGAGGAGAGAGGAAAGAGGAAAAAGGAAAGGGCAAAAGUGUUCAAGUCUCAUGCAAUCUUAACAAUGCAGCUUGUAAAUUGGAACUGAAAAAUAUCAUAUCAAGGACAGUGAAACUCAGUUGUGAAGUCCUAGAAAUUUACAGGUACAGAAGGGCACAAGCAUAUAUUGAUCUGGUAGAGAAAGAUAUAAAGCAAGAAUGCAGAGGAUGGGAAUGUGUGGUAUUGAGCAGGAAGAUGGGAAUGUGUGGUAUUGAGCAGGAAAAUACCAGCGAGUUUCAAAGAGAUAUGAAAAGGUAUAUGCGGUCAUCUUGGGCACUAUUUUCAUUUCAAAAAUUUAUGACAACUAUUUCGCGUAUCCAGGCUAUCAACUUUAUUGAUUAUGACUCCUCUUUCAGAGAGGAAAGAGGAGAGAGGAAAGAGGAAAAAGGAAAGGGCAAAAGUGUUCAAGUCUCAUGCAAUCUUAACAAUGCAGCUUGUAAAUUGGAACUGAAAAAUAUCAUAUCAAGGACAGUGAAACUCAGUUGUGAAGUCCUAGAAAUUUACAGGUACAGAAGGGCACAAGCAUAUAUUGAUCUGGUAGAGAAAGAUAUAAAGCAAGAAUGCAGAGGAUGGGAAUGUGUGGUAUUGAGCAGGAAGAUGGGAAUGUGUGGUAUUGAGCAGGAAAAUACCAGCGAGUUUCAAAGAGAUAUGAAAAGGUAUAUGCGGUCAUCUUGGGCACUAUUUUCAUUUCAAAAAUUUAUGACAACUAUUUCGCGUAUCCAGGCUAUCAACUUUAUUGAUUAUGACUCCUCUUUCAGAGAGGAAAGAGGAGAGAGGAAAGAGGAAAAAGGAAAGGGCAAAAGUGUUCAAGUCUCAUGCAAUCUUAACAAUGCAGCUUGUAAAUUGGAACUGAAAAAUAUCAUAUCAAGGACAGUGAAACUCAGUUGUGAAGUCCUAGAAAUUUACAGGUACAGAAGGGCACAAGCAUAUAUUGAUCUGAAAUCUUGGGAUAUGAGUAGAGACAAGAAAAUUGAUGCCACAGGUAAGGAGGAUGGGAAUGUGUGGUAUUGA